CCUAUGAGUGUUUCUCCUGGCCUGUGCUUCUUUUGCAUAUGUUUGGUGGAAAGCUUGAUAUUGUGUUUGAGAGUCACAGCAUGAGACCAUGGCCAUUGUCCAGAUAGAACUCUUCAAUCCUAAGAGAAGGGAGUUCCAAGCACUGGAAUGGCCGACUGAACUGCAGUGUAACAUAAGCUACUGAACAGCUUUUCAUACAAAUUGUGGUAAGGAGGGGAAAACCUGACAUUCCUGAAAAUGGCAGCUGAGACAUCCACAGAAGUUGCAAAAACAGCUAAACAAUUCGUCCUUAAGGAAGAGGUAAUUGUAGAAAGACAAUGGUUGAAGCUUGCGGAAACAACUUACACUGAUCCCUUUGGGAAAACCAGAACUUGGGAAACUGUAAAGCGUACUGGCAACAAAAAGGGAGUUACAGCUGAUGGUGUAGCAGUGAUAGCAGUGCUACAGAGAACCCUGCACUACGACUGCAUUGUCCUGGUGAAACAGUUCAGGCCUCCAAUCAAUGCCUACUGUUUGGAAUUUCCUGCAGGCCUCAUUGAGGAAAACGAGUCAGCAGAAAGUGCUGCGCUUCGAGAGCUGAAGGAAGAAACUGGGUACAAGGGGGAAGUCAUUGAAUGUACUCCAGCUCUGUGCUUGGACCCAGGAAUGUCAAACAGCACAACACACAUCGUGAGUGUCAUCAUUAAUGGAGAUGAAGCUGAGAACACAAGACCUAAGCAAAACCUUGAUGAUGGAGAAUAUGUGGAAGUUGUUUCACUUCCAAAGAAUGACCUGCUGCAAAGGAUUGAUGAACUAGUAGCAGAGGAGCAUUUGGCAGUAGAUGCCAGGGUUUAUACUUACGCGUUGGCUCUGAAGCGCGCAGAAGAAAAACCGCUCCAAGUUCCUUUUAUGAAGUUCUAGAACUGAGAAAUUUAAUUCAAAACUUCCCAAGUUGGAUGGCUUAGAAGUACAACUAUUCUUGUAAUCAGGGUCCUUUGCUUUACUUGUAGAGCAAAAAAAGUGUUUGUAGUAAUGAUUCUGGUAUUUUUAUUUGGAAUUAUGUAACUUACAAAAAGCAUUUCUUCUAACUGCUCUAUCACCCCUUGACAGAAUACCCAUAAUAAAAAUACUGUUUAAUUUUCA